GCAAUCGCAGUUGUUAUGUUGGUAAAAUGAGCGCACGAGAGUUCAUUUUGUAGUUAUUUGCAUUGGUGUUUCAAAAAUUUGUGCAAGCAAGGCAUUUAUUUUAUGUUUAUAAUUGUACGAGUACAGACCAAACAAACAAUUUUAAUAUUGUAACAAAUACUUAAAACAGCUAGAGAUGAAUAGACCGCCGCCGAGAGGACGUGGGGCCCUUAUGGCCGCACUUAAACUUCAAAAAGAGAAGGAAGCUGAAAAACCUGUAGGCAUUGAACCAGAACCUCCAAAGCCAACACAAGCUAGGGGCCGUUCUGCCAGUCUUUUAAAACUUUUAGCUGCCAAGCCAGGACCUUCAGUAGAAACUACAACUGAUGUAAAUAAACCUACAUCAAGUGGUUCAACUUCCAGUGUUCCAGUGUCUUCAGAUGAACCAACUAAGACAGUGUCCGCAGAUGAACCAACUAAAGCUGAUGUUCCAGUAUCCCCAUCUAAAAGCAGUGUAGAGGAGAUCACAAGAUCCACAUCUCAAAUGUCCUUUGUUGAGAAGGAACCUGUGUAUUUUCAAGGUGAGAGUGGUAAACCCCUGCGCCUAUCUGUCAAUUACAUUAAAUUAGAAUUGGCACAAGAUAGAGGAGUUUAUGAAUACGAAAUCAAAUUCAAUCCCGAAUUAGAUGCUAAGAAUAAGAGGUUCAGAGCUGCUAAUCAAGUUAUAAAACAACUUGGCAUGGCUAAAGUAUUUGAUGGAGGCAACACCCUGUAUCUUCCACAACAAAUAACGAGCACAUCUCAAACUUUUACUGUAGACGAUGAGGAGAAAACCAUUUCCGUGAAAUUAAUUUAUAAAAAAAAGAAAAAUAUGGCGGAUUAUGACUGCCUUCAUUUAUAUAAUGUUUUAUUUAAACGCAUUAUGAACAAAUUAAAAUAUACAGCUAUUGGUAAAAACUACUUUGACACUAAUAGCAAACAUUUGGUUCCUCAACAUAAAUUGGAAAUCUACCCAGGUUUUGCUAUUGCCGUCGAUCAACAAGAGGAUGGCUUGAUGCUGUGUCUAGAUCCGCAGCAUAGAGUUUUAAGAACUCAGAAUGCGAACGAACUCCUUCGCGAACUAAGGUCCCAACAUCGAGAUAUUCAAACCUACCAAAAAGUGGCCACUGAAUAUGUAAUAGGAUGCUGUGUUUUUACCAAAUACAACAAUAAGAACUACAUUGUAGACGAUAUUAUUUGGGAUCAAUCUCCACAAAAUACCUUUCCUACAAGAGACGGAAACCAUAUAUCUUAUAUCGAAUAUUAUAAGCAGCAAUAUAAUAUUACUAUACAGGACUACGAUCAACCCCUGUUAAUUAACAAAAAAGAGGUGCCGGUACAGGGAUCCGAACAGAAAGUUGAAAGAGUGGUUUGCCUCAUUCCCGAAAUUACGCAUCUUACCGGACUCACAGAUAACAUGAGGAGUGAUUUUAAGGUUAUGAAAGAUGUCGCUCAAUUUACUCGAGUGACACCGAAUCAGAGGGUAGCUGCAUUAAGAAAGUAUUUACAGAAUAUAAAUAACAACGAAGAAGCGAAACAAAUUUUAGCUGAUUGGGGACUGAAAAUAGCAAACGAUACCUUAAACCUGGGUGGUCGAAAAUUAGACAAUGAAAUAAUAUAUUUCGGACAAGGUCAACAGUUUCAAACGAACAAUAACGCUGAUUGGACGCGACCGUCGGGAGAAAAUCAGGUGACAGGACCGGUUGAUAUGUACAAUUGGAUAGUGUUUCAUACAGACCGAGACAGAAAGUAUGCGUAUGACUUUGGUGAGUUAAUGUGUAAGCUAGGAAAUGUAAUGGGGUGUCACAUUAGUAAGCCGAAAAUGGUUAAACUUCCGGGCGAUACAAACGAAAAUUACAUACAAGCCUGCCAGCAAUAUAUUGAUAAAAAUGUUCAGAUUGUAGUAUUCAUUUGUCCAACCAUGCGGUCAGAUCGGUAUGGACACAUCAAGAAGAUGUGCUGUUCACAGAUACCAGUACCUUCGCAAGUCAUCAAUUCUAGAACACUUUCAAAUCCGGGCAAGGUCAGGUCUAUAGUGCAAAAAAUCGCACUUCAGAUGACCUGUAAAUUGGGAGGAACUCUGUGGACAGUACGAUUCCCAUUCAAGGGUUGGAUGAUCUGCGGAAUCGACGUCUAUCACGGGAAGAAGUCCAGCUCAGUAUGUGGAUUCGUUUCGAGUCUUAAUGAAUCCGUAUCAAGGUGGUUCAGCACUGCAACGUUCCAGGCAGGGGAACUUGGAGAUUUUAUGAAAACAGCAUUUAUAAAAGCAUUAGAAGCAACGCGAAAUGCAAAUGGCUACUACCCUAAAAAAGUUGUAAUAGUUAGAGACGGUGUAGGCGAUGGACAACUAACCCACUGCCAAAGAUAUGAGGUUAAGCAGUUAGAAAGCUGUUUAAAGGAAUUAGAGUUGGAUAUAAAAAUAUGUUUUGUGGUUGUACAAAAGAGAAUAAGCACCAGGAUAUUUUCACAAGGCCACGAUGGUGCAGAUAAUCCUCCCUGCGGUACAAUACUGGACCAUUCAAUAACAAGGCGACAAUUACCAGACUUUUUCCUAGUGCCACAAAGUGUUAGACAGGGUACCGUAAAUCCUACACAUUAUAUUGUUCUUCACGAUACAUGUGGGCUAAAACCUGAUCACAUACAAAGACUGUGCUAUAAACUUUGCCAUUUGUAUUACAACUGGCCUGGUACGAUUAGAGUACCAGCUCCGUGUAUGUACGCCCAUAAGUUAGCAUCAUUAGUGGGACAGCACCUCAAGAAACUGCCCAGCGCUGCGCUGGCAGAUAAAUUGUUUUAUCUGUAGACAUAUCGUUUGUUAAAAAUUAUGUUCUCUACGGUACCUGCUACCAAAAGAGUGAUUAUGCGCACAGACUGUGUACACUCUUCCAAUUAUGUUACAACUCGACUGGUACGAUAAAGGUACGUAUCCAUGAGUUGGUGCUCCGUGCUCCGUGUAGCUGCUCAAAUGGAUACGGCAUGCGCUCCCCUACAUAUAAACCGCAAACCGGUUGAAUCGAAGAGGGUGAGCGACGAACACCAACGUAUCCACUAUGUGUAGCUGCUACACGGAUCACGGAGCACCAACGUAUGGACACGUACCUUAAGAGUACUGACUCUGUGUAUCGACAUGUUCUGUGUUGGCUGAUUAAUUGUGAAAUCGGUUGUUAUAAGGUGUGUUUGUUUUCUAAAAAUUUGUAUUUGUUUUUUUGUGCGUGUGGAGUAUAUUAUGUGGAGUUGUGAACUAAAGUGUCGCUUCAGAAAAUUGUAUAUAUAGCUUGAAAACUGUCUUAAUAAUAUCUAUAGUUUUCCAUCAUAAACUUUAUUGGCGAGCGGUUUACCCCUAAAUAGAAUAAACAAUUUUUUUUUUCAUUUCUACUGCACCAAACCUUUUUUUAAUCGAUACGGUUUUUAGCAAGAUAGAAACCACUUAUCAUCGUCAUAUAUAUAUUUGAUUACAGAUUCUAAAGCUUUUUGUGGAAUUGCAAUUGAGUUAUUUAUUUUUGUAGAAAAAGAAUCCCAAAGAUUUUUAAUUAACCCAUUAACGCCUAAAAAGAAACAAGCUUGGAAAAAUGGUAAAGGAUACAAAAUUGUGUUUGGGUUACACAUGUAUUACAUAAUGUUAAAAAAACCUUUUUUUUCAAAAUCAUUUUGAAAUACAAAGACGUCCUCAAAUGGGGACGUUAGGUAUUUGUAUGGUAUUUUUCAAAAUAUCAUUUUUCAAUACACAUUCUUUUUCACACUUUUUCAUGUCCACCUUGCCUUCAUAUGACACACAGAACACUUUCUGUUUUUCCAGUUUUCCCGGAAAAUGAAAGCUUUCGGUGACUUCAAUGCUGGAACCAGCUUUUCUUUUGCUUUGUGUUCUUGGAACUACGUACUAUUUAAAUGAUGACAAGAUUCUAAUUGAUCCAUCACAUUUUCAGAAAAAAUUUGAUUAAGUUAAUUCAAGAUCAUGUCAAGAAAGUACGUAAAUAAAACCCACCACCACUUUUUGUCUUUUAUUCUUAUACGAUAUAAUGAUACGCACUGAUCAUGCGCAUCAGCUCCACAAAUUCAAAAAUUGUAGGAAGCAAACAAUUUUGGCUGUACUAUAUUUUCUUUUGAUUUUAUACCGUUUUACAUGACCUAGUGGUUCAAGGGUAAUUGGAUAACAUAGAACAAACACUAUCGUCAAGCCAUUGUGCAAACAAAAUUUCAUUAGUUUUGUCGAAUCUAUAAUCAUAUGUAUCUCUUGCCAUUUUCUUCAUUAGCUAAGACUCCAUUACUGGACACUUUUGCACACAAUUUUCUCUUACAGUUCCUUUUGCCUAUGUUUUUUUGUUUCAGAUACGAUCUUUAAAAUCACCUAUUUUGGCAUUAGCCUCUAGAUGAACAAACUUUCUUAUUUUUAAGUACCUCAUCGCGUUAUAAAACACAGGAAACUCCUAGGUCCUCAUCUAAUGACCAGUAUAACCUUUCUCGUGAUAAUCUGUUAUACCCAGUUAGAUAAUAUAAUAUUGCAAAAAAAGUUUGCAUUUCGUUUGGAUUAAAAGAGUGAUUAUUUUUUUUACUGUGCGUACAAAAUAAUUGACUGGUCUCGAAGGUACCUACAGUAGGAAAAAUGAAAUAAUACCCAUGAACGAACAUAUAAAACACGCUGUAUUUUUCUGUCACCGUGUCACACAAAAAAUUGGCCAGCGCAAGUACAUGUAAUAAUUAUUAUUACAUGUACUUGCGCUGGGCAAUUUUUUGUGUGACACGGUGACAGGAAAAUACAGUGUGUUUUAUAUGUUCGUUCAUGGGUAUUCUUUCAUUUUUCCGACUGUAUGUAAUAAUUUCUUCAGUAAUUUUUCAUGAAUUUGAAUGGGUGAUAAAUUCCUCAGAGCUUCGUUAACGUUUUUCUUCUCCUCUUCAAAUGAUGUUUACUGUUGUGGUAGUGGAUUGAAAAUUGGUUUUUACCCGCUUGAGUUUUAAAAAAUUAGCACAUUCCUUGGAUAGUCCACCCGAAACUUCAUCAGUUCUUCUAUCAUCUGGUUUAUUAUGAGACUUAAUAGAAGUUUCUAUAGUUCCAGGAAUUAUUUGGAAUGCAAUUUAAGUCUUCUAGAAAAUCAUAAUCAAGUUCUUCGGUAAGUAUCUGUCACUUCAUCCAAAUUUGGUGGCAGAACACACAAAUCAAUAUUUUUCAGAUGUUGAUAUUCCUGAUUAUUAACUUCUUCCACGUUUGUUCCAAUUUUUGGAAGGUUCCAUAGUUGUAGGAUCCAUAAUGAUCUGAAAACAAGCAAAUACGCGAAUUGGACAUAUUUGUGCCUAACGUCCUCGUUCGAGGACGGUAAAAUAUAGUGGCUGUUAAAUACUACCAAAUAUAAAAUAAAUUUGUUGUGUUGAAUACUUACAUUUAGAAUAGUCCGUGGGCUUAUAAUUUGCGGUAUAAAACUUUUAAAACUAAUUUUUUUUUUCUUGGUGGAAAAAUGUUUUUAAUUUGUAACUGCACCUCUUCAGAAUCUCAUGUACUACAAAGCACUAUAUAGUCACAACUGGUUGUAUUUAAAGCGAACUGAAGCCAGUUACUGACUACACUAUUUAUCUUAAGAAAAGAAAACGUGACAAAUAGCCCAAAACGUUUUUAAAUUCAACAGAAAUUUUAUUUUUAUAGGCCUCCUCAAAUGAGUACGGUCGGCGUUAAUGGGUUAAGGCAUUUUUAUGGGGGUAAACCGCUCGCCUAUUAUUAUCGUAUAUAUCAUAUGGGUUCUUCAUGAGAAGAUACACUUAUUAAUGUGGCAAGAAACCACACUAUGUGAUGUAACGAAAGAGGUAAAUGGAAGAAGUCAAAUGACAUUUGCUAAAUUUUGAGAUAUUGAGUUAUUUUAAAGUUACUUUCUUGUAGCACAUUUGAAGCAUUAUAUUAAGCCGCAGUUAUAGUUUGUCAAUUAUUAUAAAUCUAUUCCUAGACUCCUGGUCUAUAUAAAUAAAGUAACGAUAGUUUUUAUCUCUAUUGUUUGCCCGGUCUACGCGUGAUAAUUGUCUAUAGAUAAAACAUUAUUUUAACCGAUCUUUGAUUUCCUUCCCUAGCCCCAGCCAUCCUUCACCUAGCAACGUUUUCAACCUAAACGUUGUUUUCUUGUAUUUUGGAUUCUGAAUAUCAUAGAAAUACAUCUUUUCGUUAGUAACAACAUUUUUGUAGCAGUAAUAAUACUACUAGAGUACCAAGCGCGCUAAAACCAAACCUAUUAUUAUCUUGCAUUGUUGGAAGAGACACAAUGGUCUACAGUGGGUCUCCCCCAUUCUUUUUUUCUAUUUAGUGUCCACUUGUUUAUACACUGUAUGUUACAUUUUCUUCUAAUGUCUUCACUCCUCUUUCGAUCCCUUACUGAAGCUUAUGUUAUUACAAAUGAAAUGAUCCGUAGAAAUCCAUCCAAUUAUAGAAUAUGUUCAAGAUAACAUCGACUGUCUCGAAUCUGUUUCUGAUCUAUGGCCAUACUAUAAAAUUCUUCAGAAUUUUAAAGUUUGGCCACAGAAUACUUCAGCUUAUCACAAAAGGUAAAAUCGAGGUCCGCAAAGGAAUUGGAAAGAAGCAGAUGUCAUGGCACAAGAACAUUCCGAUGGGAUAGGUAUAGGCAGUGCCGAACAACUAUUCCGAUCUGCUGAAAACCGUGAACAACUCACCAAUGUAAUUGCCAACGUUAGGAGGACCUAACGUGG